AUGAAGGAUGCAGAAACGGCCGACACAGGCUCAGCAAGAGGGCAAAUCGGCCAUGUCCAAAACCAUCAUGGCCACAAUUUGCUCCUCAACCUUCCCAACGAGCUAAUCCUCGCGGUUGCGUGCUUUCUGGACUUAGAGUAUCAGCUCGUGUUGAGCCUCUCGUGUCGUCGACUUCAUGGGCUUCUCAACUCCCGGCUUGACCUGACCUUUAAGGACGAUAAGGACGCCAAGGUGCGGUUCCUGCAACUCCUGGAACGAGAUCACCCGGAAUAUCUGACAUGUCGCUCGUGCGCCCGUCUGUAUCUCUGGCCGAUGACGGAAUUCUUCCAGUAUAACUGUCCGCGUGCCUACGAGCAUCUGGUGGCGGAUAUACUAUUUCAAUGCGCUCAGCUCUUUCAAGCAGGUGACGACAAAUCCAUCAGGCUGACACGUGGAGUGGUCGACCUGAUCUUGCGGGACUACGAGCAGGGUCCUCUUUACGGCUUUGGCUUGCCUGUAUCUCUCCUGAACAUGAGCGGCCAAGACCACGAUGGCGUGUCUCGAACUCACGAAGCGCGGUUGGUGGACGGCCAACUCAUCCUAGCCAGCCGAACGGAGGUAGAGGCAGGGUCGGGUGAAGAGAUGUCAGCGAUGAGGCGCUUCAUGACCCCGGAUGUAUGCCUGCACCUAAUUACCACUGGCCAGCUCAUCAACGAGAUAAGGCAGACCUUCGAGCAAGCCCUCGCAAGCAUGAGAUUAGGCGCGGAGAAAUCUGACGUGUUCAAGUGCCCCUUCUGCGAGACUGACCACCAACUCCACAUCAAGAAGACCACCGAGAACCUGGCAAGGAUCGUUCUGGACGUUUGGAGAAACUACGGACGACGAUACGAGAACAGGCUAUCGACUGAGCAGAUCUUUCAUCGGAACCCUGUGCUGCGGCUUGAUGCUGUUUCAAUAUCGCAAAGAGACGUGCGAGCGGUCUUUGAGUCUGCAAAGGAGUACGCCAAACAUGGACACAUAGUCCAUGCCUAG